AUGACAGCAGUGAAAGUUCAUGGAAGAAUUGACAUCCUACGACUUCCUGUUAAUCAAGAAGAACGUAUCUUUCCACCAUGGCAUAUUAAAUAUACAAAGUCUCAUAUAUUACAUUCUAAAUGUUCCAAAAGUGAAAAUGGUUGCAAUGAAAAGGAUGAACCCUGUCAAUUUUGCAUUUUCAGCCACACUUUAGAACUGCCACAUAUGCCAGAUAUGGUAUUUCCAAACAAUAUAUUAACUUUACAUCACGAGGAUGGAGCAACCUUACAAUUCAAUGCUUUAGAUGCUUUGAAAACGGUGUCUAAUGGAAAAAUUCAUAUACAACUUGCAUGUGCAGAAGCUUGGAAAGAAUCUAGAUCUGAAAGUAGUGAGUUUUUAGAAGAAAAAAUAAAACCAUUUGAUUGGACAUUUACUACCAGUUAUACUGGCACAAUAUCUGAUUUUAAAAUUGAAGAAACUAGCGAACGUAUUGAUAUGGAUAAAUUGAAGAGAAAAGAUAAAAUUCUGUUUUAUAAUGACUUAACAUUAUUCGAAGAUGAACUUCAUGAUAAUGGUAUAGCAGUUUGUUCUGUGAAAAUUCGUGUUAUGCCCAAUGGUUUUUUCAUUUUAUUAAGAUACUUCUUAAGAAUUGAUAAUGUACUAAUAAGAAUAAACGACACUCGCAUUUAUCAUGAAUUUGGACAAGACUAUUUGCUACGAGAGUACACAACAAGAGAAGCUAAGGUCGCAGAAUUGCGUGAUAUAGCAUCCUUCUUCACAGAGCCAAGUGAAAUAGCACCAUAUUUACCCUUGACUGGCUGUCAGUAUCAUAAACUAAUAAUGCUUUCAAAUAAAGUGGCAUCAGGUAUUAAUGCUGAAUUAUCUAAUGAAACAGUAACGGAUAGUAAAGCAGUUACCACCAGUAUAAAUGAAACAGAUAAUUCCGUUACUUAAAGGCUACAUGUGUGCAAAAUAUCAAACUCCACAGUAAUAAUCGAGCGUUCUCUAAAAAUCAAAGUUUCGCAUAAUUUCAGGCAAUACAAAACAAUUUUGAAAAUUGUUAUAGA